AUGCGUCUUGUCAACCUUGCUGCUUUUGCCUGCGCUGUAAUCGGUGCCAGCGCAUUUGAGUUCCCCGACUUCGUCCCUCUGCACAAACGCCAGGAACCCGGAACUCCUGCGUACGAGUGCCACGCCAACUGCGGUGGCGUGAUUACCGCCGGCCGUACUAACGGAUACUGUGAUACCGACGAUUUCAAGACCGAGUUGGCCGAUUGUUUGAAGUGUGCUGUUGAGUUCGACAUCUGGAAGUAUUACGGGGGUUCUGUGUCCAAGGCUGCUACUGCGUGUGGAUUGGAUGCCACCCCGGCCGAAACGUCUUCCACUACUACGUCUGUUAGUGCUACCACUACAUCCGAUGCUGCUAGCGCUACGAAGACUGCAGAAGAAAGUGUCAGUUCCACUGUGACCACUGAUACGGCAGCCUCCUCUGCUGGUACUACGGUCGCCACAACUUCCGUGAGCCCCCCCGCAUGUUUCUGGUUCUUCUCGCCCAUCACUGCUAGUACUCCUUCCUCGUCUCCCGUCUAUAAUGGUGGUGCUACGAUUAACUCGGGCAAUGGGCUGGUGUUUGGUGCUUUUGCUGGCUGUCUUAUUGCAGCCUUCAUGUAA